AUGGCGGACGACGCAGAAUCUGAAGAGAGAACACAGCUGACUGAAAAUGACAUUGACGGUUCAGGGUCGGAUGCUGACGAUGAUACGUCACCUGGACAGGCACCAGGAGACGCCACCAUGUUCUCGUCCAAGGCGGGGCUUCUCCUGACGUUCAUCAGCGCUGUGGGCGGCGGGAGUCUGUGGCGCUUUCCCCGCAUACUGGCCAACAACUGCGGGGAGGAAGGAUGUCUGCAGUUCCUCCUGGUCUGGCUGGUGUUCCUCUUCCUAUGGUCCAUCCCACUUAUCAUCGUGGAGGUCGCCAUUGGUCGGUUCACCAGGAGGGCUCCACCAAUGGCGUUCCACGAUCUUCUGGGAGUGAAAUCGACAUGGCUUGGAGGCUGGAUGGCGAGUCUUAACUUUCUCAUUACGUGA